GGGAGCUUGAACCACAAAGUGUCAAGUGUGAACAGUCGAUUCGAAAGUAUCUUCAAAAGUGGUCUACGUACUUAUCGAUUUCCGAGUUUUGUACUUUUGAACAAACAGGAUAGUCUGACCGUAGCGAAGAUGGAAGAAAAACCGGCAGGGAAGAUUUUUGAAAUUGAAAAUUUAACAAAAAAAGGACAUCAAUUUUUACAAGAUGGCGAUUUGGAAAACUCGUAUUUGACAUAUGAGAAAGCUUUGAGCUUAGCUCACGAGACAAGCGAUGCUUUUACGAUACGGGCGUGUUUUUUUAACCUCGGGGCAUGUUGUGUUGCGAAGAAUCAGCCGCAAAAAGGGCUUGAGUUUCUGCUACGAGCGGUUGCUCCCGAAAGGCAUACUGAUGGUGUUUUGAACUUUUGUGACCUCAACUAUAAUAUGGCUAUAGCUCAUGAUUUGUUGGGUAAGCCUGACGAGGCAAAGAGAUGUUAUGAAACCGCUUUGGAAGGGUAUCGGGAGUAUUCAAAUUCUGAAAUGAUAGCCGAGACUUGCCUGAAACUUGGUGGAACGUUGGCGGCACUUGGCUCACUUAAGGAGGCUGUUCGGGUUUUUUAUGAGGGUGAAAAGGUUUUUCGGCAAUUGUUGGAUCAAAGACAUGAAGUGCUAUGUUUAAGCAGCAGGGCUACAUUGUUGGCUGAAUUACGAGAUGAGGAAUGUCAAACGCUGUUGAAUAUCGUUGUUGAUAAAGUGGAAUCGCUUGAAAAUGAUUCUCUUAAAGGUUCGAUAGUAAUAGCAGUCAACAAAUAUAUUUUGUACUUGUUCCAUCAGGGGCAGAUCUACUGUGGGCUGUGCACCCAACCUAGUGGUGUCUAGCACCCCCUAGAAAAGUUCAACACCACCUUCAACCUACCCUGGAUUCCAGAGCCUUUGACAGUAAAUAAUAAAUUGAAAUGUCGCGAAGGCUCUGGUUCAACGGGGCAAUUCUUUGAUUAAACCGCGCCAAUCACAAAACAGAAUUAGUGGUUUUAGUAAAACCACUAAUUCUGUUUUGUGAUUCUGUACUAAAACCACUAAAACCGCGCCAAUCACAAAACAGAAUUAGUGGUUUUAGUAAAACCACUAAUUCUGUUUUGUGAUUCUGUACUAAAACCACUAAUUCUGUUUUGUGAUUGGCGCGGUAAUCAAAGAAUCGCCCCGUUGAACCAGAGCCUUCGCGACAUUUCAAUUUAUUAUUUACUGUCGAAGGCUCUGGAAUCCAGGGUACCUUCAACCAUACAUUUUCUGCUUUUCAAAUAGUGAUUAGCGGAACUGCUACUCGUAUAUCCUGCGAGCAGGCUCCAGUCACAGGCUACUGUUAUCGUGUGUUGAUUUCUUGAAACAAUUUAAUUGAUUUGUGAGCUCACUAGAAAAUACUCAGAAUGCAUUAGUUAUAUAUCAUGGUUAAAAUAUGUAAACAUGUUGUUAUACUGUGAUUACAGUCAUAUUUUCAAAUAGAUCACUGUACUUUAAAUUAAUAAGCAAAUUUACUGAUAUUGCGUCACAGCAACUGCCCAGUCACCCCUAUGUGAUAAAAAUUUAAAGCCAAUAUAAACUUUAUAAACAAAACAUAAUGUAAAACGUAACAUAACAUAUGGCGGACAUGCAGAUUCAGCCAUAUCUCAAAUAAUGAUAAUGUUGGGAUUAUUGCAGACCGCUGAGGAGAGUGGUCCUCUGCUAGAUCUGCCCCUGCCUAUAAUAUUUUGAUCCUUUAAUGUACAUGAAUCAUUUAUAUUAACAGUGUAAUUUAAAAUAAUUUUUAUCCUUUGUAAUAACCUGUUCUUGUUAAUUCAGCAAAAGUGUACAGUGAUAUCGGCUUGGUCCAGUCAUCAUCUGGCCAUUAUGAUGUUGCUUCUCAAUACCUGGACAAGUCGCUUAGACUUCUGCAAUCUGUGGGUCAGAGAGACCGAAAACUACAAGCUUCAGUGUAUCAGAAUCUAGGCGCUGUACACAAUCAGCUUGGGCAGUACGUCAAGGCAAUUGUGUACCAUGAGAAAGCUAUUGAACUCUAUGGUAAGGCUGAUUUCACAUUUGGGUAAAAUUGUCUCACUUUAGACAGUCAAGUAUAGUAAUAAAGUGGGGCGCAAUUCAACUCAAUGAUAAGUUUUUAGACGUUUUGUGGUUUUUAAAUGUUUAUUAUAUUAUGAGCUUUCGACUGCCAGUCUGUAGUCUUCAACACACUGCACAGACUGCAAGUCAAAAGCUCAUAAUAAUAAAUAUUUAAAAACCAGAGAAAGUCUAAAAACUUAUUAUGAACUCAAUGAGUUAAAUUAAAGGUCCAGUUAGUCCUUAAUUAGAGGUCCAGUUAUUAGAGUCAUUGCACACUCCCUAGUUGAUCCAGUGUUAUUAUAUUACUGUACAGGAGGGGACAAUAAACUAUUAAAUUAAACUAUAACUAUUUAUACUGGAUAGCUCUAUCAGUUCUAAACUGUCCAUGCAGUAAGAGUCAUCACUUGCUGAUCGAGUGUUAUUACAGGAGGAAACAUAAACUAAACUAUGUUUGCAAUGUUACUCUGAGUGUAUAUCCACACCGGGUGAGCUUGAAAAAUUUUUGCCCGGCCACGGUGGGAUUCGAACCUACGACCUUUGGAAUACUAGCCCAAUGCUCUUCCAACUGAGCUACGCGGUCAGGACGGUUCAAGUAAGUGAUAUUUCGGAACAGUAUCUAGUUCCUUCAAUACCAAUGUGUUCUAGUAAUAUGAAUUUUUUCUGUGUUGGUGUUGUGUACUCAGGUGAAUAAUAUGUUUGCAAUGUUACUCUGAGUGCAUAUCCACACCGGGCGAGCUUGAAAAAUUUGCCCGGCCACGGUGGGAUUCGAACCUACGACCUUUGGAAUACUAGCCCAAUGCUCUUCCAAUACUAGCCCAAUACUAGCCCAAUACUCAGAGUAACAUUGCAAACAUAUUAUUCACCUGAGUACACAACACCAACACAGAAAAAAUUCAUAAACUAAACUAGUAACUUUAUUUAUACUGGAAUAGCUCUCCAUCUGAGUUCUAAACUGUUUUUCCUAUAUUGCCUAAGUGUUUACUGCAUGAGGAAUAGAGGCUCAACCAAAAUGCACUUAUCAAUUGAAACUAAAAACAGUUUAACUAAAACUUGUUUUAUUAUUAUAUAUGUGCCCUAGGUGUCAUGUCAAUGAGGUAUGCACAAGGGCACUCGUUCAGCAAUCUUGGUUAUGCUUGUGGCCAGCUCGGACAACUGGAGGAAUCUCAAGAACAAUUCACACAUGCUUUACAAGCUGCCAAGGACUGUCAGGAUUUUCGUGGUCAAUGGCAAGCGUACGAAGGACUCUCUGCAAUUCACUUUCAGAAAAAAGACUACGAGAAAGCAGUGAACUGCUUAAAAACUGCCCUAACUGUUCUGCCUCUUGGUGGGGUUGACGAAAACAGCGUGCAUGAACGAAUUGUUGCAAAGUUGUCAAACGCACUGGAAUAUCAACUGACCAAUAAACAAACACACCAACACACUGACAAACACGAGAAGGCGGAUGAUAAAAAAGGAAAAUCUAGAGGGAAAGAUAGGAACAUUACAGUACACGUAGAUACACAUAUGGGUAUUGAUGGAUCCUUGCAGGAUAAUGGUGGAUCCUUGCAGGAUAAUGGUGGAUCCUUGCAGGAUAAUGGGGGACCCUUGCAGGAUAAUGAGGGACCUUCACAGGGGAAUGAUCCUAAGGAAUCCUCGCCUAAAGUGGGUCAUGUCAGGCCACGGGAAAAGAACCAUAAAUUCAUCGCCCGAGGUCUGCACAUCGACGAGCCUUCUUCAGAGAAUGAACGGUCUGAUGCGUCUGACUCGACUUUCGAUACCAUAUCAAGCUAUUCGGGGUACGCAUCGAGUUGUAUGCGCGAGGCCCCGAGCGAGGUGGGGAGUACUCAUCAUGAACUUAGUAAUCUAGAGUCCACUGCGGGGUCUACCACUCUACCUCCCCCACAAAAGGACCCACUAAAUAACACCUACGAAGAACCACAAGAUAUCAUUCAUGUUAUAGAAAGCGGACGAUUACGUCUGCAUGAAAUGCCUCCUGGCCCCCGAGAUACCAUACUCGCGUCGAUGAAUGGAGACUCUGACGACCAGCAGCUAACGACUUUGGGGGAACAACGUAAAAAUAAUCAGAAAAAUAAAUCAGCAAUUUGUGUCAUUCAAUAAAUGAAUAUUUUUACAUACGAGUUUCUAUUUCUGUUUUAUUAA